AUGAUCUCUCUUCGUGUUUUAGCAAUAGCUUUAUGCUAUGUGGUUGUGUUUGGAAUGUUACCUUCUUCCUCAGAUGCACAACUUACUCCAUCUUUUUACAGCAAAACUUGUCCUAAUGUUAGUUCCAUUGUUCAUGAAGUCGUGAGCAAUGUUUCUAAGACAGAUCCUCGAAUGCUUGCUAGUCUCGUUAGGCUUCACUUCCAUGACUGCUUUGUUCAAGGAUGUGAUGCCUCAAUUCUACUAAACACUACUGAAACCAUCAUAAGUGAACAAGAUGCUCUUCCAAACAUCAACUCAAUCAGAGGAUUAGAUGUUAUUAACCAGAUAAAAUUUGCUGUUGAAAUUUCUUGUCAAAACACAGUUUCCUGUUCGGAUAUUCUUACCCUAGCUGCUCAAUCCUCUUCUGUUCUGGCUCAAGGUCCUAGUUGGAUAGUUCCAUUAGGACGAAGAGACGGUUUAACUGCCAACAAAACCCUUGCCAAUCUUAAUCUUCCUGCUCCUUUCGACGUAUUGGAGAAACUGAAAUCAGCAUUUGCUAAACAAGGCCUCGAUACAACCGAUUUAGUAGCACUCUCUGGUGCUCACACAUUUGGAAGAGCUCGCUGCGGUUUAUUUGUUAGUCGGUUGUACAAUUUCAACGGCACUGGAAGUCCCGAUCCAACCCUUAACACCACAUAUUUACAAGAGUUGCGCAAGGUGUGUCCCAAUGGUGGACCUGGCACAACCCUUGCUAGUUUAGAUCCUAUUACUCAAGAUACAUUUGAUAAUAAGUACUAUUCAAAUCUUCAAAGUAAAAAUGGUUUGCUUCAAAGUGACCAAGAGCUUUUCUCUACAUCUGGUGCCGACACCAUUAGCAUCGUCAACAAAUUCAGUGCUGACCAAAAAGCUUUCUAUGAGAACUUUGCAGCUGCAAUGAUUAAAAUGGGCAAUAUUGGUGUCAUUACUGGGAACAAUGGAGAGAUUAGAAAACAUUGUAAUUUUGUUAACAAAGAAUUUGCAAAACUUGGUCUUAUCACUGUGGCUUCUGGAGAAUCAGAAGAGGGCAUGUCUAGCUCUUUUUAAUUAGAUUAGGGUUCUACACUUGAAAUGU